GCGCCGCCGCUGCCCCCGUCUGGAGUCGCCGCCGGCAGCAGCCGUCCGCACCGAUUUGUUUCCGGUGAUCUUCUACGAAGCCAGCCAACUCCAGAGGAGUUCAUCAUGGGUCGCAAGAAAAUUCAAAUAUCUCGUAUCACCGACGAGCGCAACAGACAGGUAACGUUUAACAAGCGCAAGUUCGGCGUGAUGAAGAAGGCGUACGAGCUGAGCGUGCUGUGCGACUGCGAGAUCGCGCUCAUCAUCUUUAGCUCGUCCAAUAAGCUGUAUCAGUACGCCAGCACCGACAUGGAUAAGGUUCUGCUCAAGUACACAGAGUACAACGAGCCGCACGAAUCGCUGACCAACCGAAACGUGAUCGAGGCGCUGAACAAGAAGGAGCACAAGAACGGCGGUCUUAGUCCCGAGAGCCCCGAGCCGGAGGACUUCCUGGCGCCGCGCGCCGACCCCAAGUACAGCAAGAUCGAGGAGGAGUACCAGGUGCUGAUGCAGCGUAGCAACCAGCUCAACGGCAACAGGGUGGGCCUGUCCCUGGGCGGGUAUCAGCUGGGCGGCGGAGGCGGCGGCAGCAGCGGGACAGGCGGCGGUGGCGGCGGCGGUGGCGGCGCCGGCGGCGGCAGCGUGGCCGUCAACAGCCCGUACGGCGCCGGCUCGGAGGCCGGCGGCGGCGGCGGCGGCGCCAUGAUGCAGCCUUCACCGCAGAUGCAGCACUCGCUCAGUCCGCGCCCCGGCUCGUCUCAAGGCUUGCUGGACAUGUCCAACGGCUACCCGAACUCGACUUCUCCACUGCCAGGAUCAACGUCUCCGAGCAUGUUCCACAAGGUCAACCACAGCAUGAAGCCGCAGCACUCGCCGAACGGGGCUCAGGCGACGAUGCCGCGAGGUGGCGGUGGCGGCGGGCCAAGCAUGCCCUCGGCUUCCGGCCUCCCGCCUGGUCUCAGCUACCCAGCCUCCUUCGGCGGCCAGGAAUUUGUCAACCAGGACAUCCAGCUGUCAAAUCUGAACUCGCUUCACCCGUGGAACACAUCCGUGGGCAUAGGAGUCGUCCCGCAAGGAGGCCAUCCCUCCAUGCACCACAACGUGCCGCACGUCUCCGUCUCGAGCAGCUCGCCGCCUCCGCACGGCGGCUCGCCCUCCCCGCUACGCAUGAUUAAGAGCGAGCCCGUCUCACCGCCUCGCGACGGCCACACCCCCGAACGGCAUGCAGCACAUGCGUCCCAGCUCCACCGGCCACCUGUCGCCCGGCAAUAUGGCGCCAGGUGA